AUGGCAGAAACUCCAUCGCCAGAAGCAACUACAAAGCCUCUCCGAAGGUCAGCCGUCAAACCACGAAAGACGUUUAGAGAACUCUUCCUGCAUCGCCUCCCUCACUACAAUGGACCCUACAAUGUCGGAUACAUGGAUAUAGAAGUGCCAGUUCGCCAACCCCGGCCGGUUUCUAACCUUCGAAGACAUGGAAAGCCAGUGCUUCGACUAGACACCGUUUUGAUGGGAAUCUACUAUCCGUGUGACCUGCAAUCUUCCCCUGGUGCGCAUCGCGUCGACUGGAUGCCGCGGCCACGAGUAGCGACGGCUAAAGGCUACGCUAAAUAUCUACAUAUUCCAGCACUCCCCGUCACUGCAUAUCUUGCCUGCACCUCCCUUUUCACAAAGCUGCCUGCAUUUAGGAACGCCAAACUGGCCGCCCACUGGCCGGAAGAUAUAUGCAAGGACGACUCUGGCCCAACCGGGCAAAAGGCCAGAGAAGAAGAAGAUGAUCCCACAAGUCGGCCCAAAUUCCCCGUCAUCAUCUUCAGCCAUGGGCUUGGUGGUUCACGGCUUUGCUACAGCUCCAUAUGUGGUGAGCUUGCAAGCUUCGGAUUCAUCGUUGUGGCGAUCGAGCAUCGUGAUGGCAGCGGCGCCAGGACAUAUGUCAGUCUUCCGGGCAACGUUGAGGCGGCGGCCAUCGAAUCAUCAACAGCCGAGUUACACACAAAUAACGACGAUGAGAAGAACGGCAAAGAUAAAAAAGUGCAACGUCGAAGAAAAGAAGGACUGAACCCAUAUUAUGUCGUCGACUACAUUCUUCCCAAGGACAAUGCGCAGGACACCCGCCCUCAUAACAGCAGAGGCGUUGACCACAUAUUGAGAUCAGCACAAAUCGUACUACGGCAGGAAGAGAUCAAAGAAGCCUAUUACAUUCUCGAUCUGAUCAAUUCGGGCCAUGGAGCUGAUGUCGCUGCAAUGAACCUCCGGAAAAGGGGCAACGUGGGAUCCAGCUCGUUAGGCCUCAACGGUAUCAACUGGGACGAUUGGAAAGACAGCAUGUUCCUUAACAACGUCACCAUGAUGGGACACUCAUUUGGAGGCGCAACCACGGUCCAAACCUGCCGAGAUGACUCGCUGGAAUGGCUAGGCCAAGGCGUCAUUCUCGAUGCCUGGGGCCAAGCAACGCCACCUGCUGGAGAGACGAGAAAAGAGAGAGUCACAAAGCCCAUUAUAUCAAUCUCAUCCGAAGCGUUCAUGCACUGGAAGGAGAACUUUGAUAAAGUCGUCGGGUUCAGUAAUGAAGCCCGUGAAUCCGGUGCAUUAUGCUGGAUGCUCACAAUAGUCGGAUCGACUCACCUUGCCAUGACCGAUCUCGCCAUACUCUACCCUCAAUGGAUGUCAAUUUUCAUGAAAUCCAUGGUCAACCCGACACGAGCAAUCUCUCUCACAGUCACGGCGUCAUUGGAGUUCCUCAAGAUCAUACUGCCUCCGGAACAGACCAAGUACAACAUGUGGGCAGACGAGCAGCUCCUGAAAUCUGCGGAGCCACCGUCCGACCCUACAGAGACUCUUCGGACAGAUCACGCACCGGACCCCAAAUGGGUUGCGGUACGCCUCAAGAUACCUAACGAGCUCUCAGUCAGGCUCAAGGCUUGGCUUCGCCGGACUUGGCGGUUCAUUAUCUGCCGCGGGCGCGAAGUGCUUGAGCUCACUCAUGGUUUGCACGACUUUGGGGAACAGGAGGAAAUGUGGACUCAUAUAUGUCCUACCCGCGAGGCAAUUGAAGCGCAUAUGAAUCGAAAUCGUUAG